AUGGCCCUUUCCCGGGACAGCCAAACGAUAGGACACAGCGGAUUAACGCCAAUCGUGCCGCACAUUACAAGAGACGGAGUUGGGAAAGUCGAUGCGAGUACAUUACGAAGAGAACAGCAACAGAGGAAUGCGUCUUAUAACUUCACAGCAAAGCAAUUGCUUGAUUUGGAUGCGAAUAUAACAUCGACAAGAUCUUUGAAAGCAAGCGAUUUGAACAUUCCAUUACUCCCCUGCUUUGUAAGAGACCGAUGGAAAACAAAUGACGAGCCGCAUGCUCUUGGUCAAUUAGGACCCGGGAAGUGGUUUGCCAAAAAUGAUGUUGUGUGGGAAUUAUUACAACCAACUCUUCAACUUGCCUCAAUGUUGUUAAUAAACAUUCAGAAUGACUUGUAUGAUACUUUAUUGUGUGGCACACGAAUCCCAAUCGAUCCUGAAAGAAUUCCUGAAAAUCUACCAGAGCACGCCACACCAAAAUUCGUAAAGGCGCUUUUUUCUACCAAGCCGAGAGGAUUAAAUCCAGAUAAUCCAGCUCUCCAGAAGAGCAAGAAGAUGCUCUUACAUGCACUGUCAAGUUUUGUUUUCUUUAAAUUCAUAGACGUUUCCGAGACGAUUUCUUUCAAUGGCUGUACCAAGUGUGGAUUGCAGAGAAUUCCAGAUGGUCCACCACUUCUUCACUGUCAUAUUAUUUUAAAUCACACCAACCUCGAGCCUUUACUACGACCUGACAUCACAGCUUCUGAAAAGCUGGCAUAUCAAUGGAGAGUGGCCGUCACACUCACUCAUGAAUGGCAAGCGAUACCUCCUCUAUACUUUGAUUACAUAUUCUAA